AUUCACUAACACAUACAUACAUAGAUGUGAUCUAAUAUACAGCGUCAUCAAAUUUUAUACAGGCACACAAAUCAAACUGUUUUCGUAUUUAACUACCAAUUCAUUGACCUAAAUAAUAGUAGUAGUAGUGGUAGUAAUAGUAGACAUUGUCAUUUCAUUUACCUGUAAGCAUUGUGUUUGUGUGAGGGCAGGCAACAAUUAUUAUCAUUAUUACUGUCGUAAUUAUUUUAUGCAAAACUGAAUACAACAGUUAAUCCCACUGUUACGACCGAAAAACUAUGGUGGCUAAAGAUUUUAUUGAACUUUUCGCAAAAUUCAACUAUGCUAAUCGUGUUGCAGUUGAAGAUUUCUCAGAUCGAUUGAGUUUAUUCACGGUGGUUUUGUUCUUGAUCGCUUGUAUAAUUGUAUCGGCCAAACAAUACUUUCUAAAUUCAAUCUCAUGUUACAUUCCUGUGAAACCGACUGGUGAAAAUUAUAAUUCAUAUUUAACUGAUUACUGUUGGGUUCAUGGAACUAUUCCAUUGAGACCUGAUGAACCGAUGCCAACUACACCAAAAGAAUGGGAACAAUAUGAUCAAUUAAGGCGUAUAAGUAUGUUCAACCUUAUUGUGAUAACUUUUUUUUCCUAAAUACGUAUGAAUGAAAACAGUUAGUGCGUAAUUUAAUAAUCAUGGUUUUACAGUUUUCCUUUUUGUAAAUUUCCUCUAUAGAUAAAUGAUGAAAUAAACUAAACUUCCUCAUUUUAUUAAUUUCUCAAAACAGUUGCUUUCUGGCAACCCUAUUUUAAUCCCAGAUUAAUAUAUAUUUGAGGAACAUUUAAACCUCAAGCAGCAUUCCGCUCAUACUAUUCGAAAAUUAAAAAGAACGCAUCACCUAGUUCCUGAGUUCAUAAAUUCAUUAAUAAAGUGCAAACUUGAUGAACAAGUGGAUUAAUUUCAACUUGGUUGACUUCAUAGGUUAUGACUUAUCAGAAUAUUCAUCUCCACUCUCCAUGUAUUAUCACUAGCAUGAAUAUCAAGGAGAAAAGUGGCUAUUUUCUGUUGUAGAGCUGUGGAAUAUGAUCAGUAUUAUCUAACAUAUUAUUGUGAUUAGUGAUUGAAGUUUAGGAUUUCAACAAGACAAUGAAAAUGAUGAUUGACUUUAACUGACUGAUAAUUCUCAGCUACAAUUUGUUUACUGAAUUAACAGACUAACAUACUAGAAAUUUCAACUUUGACGUAGUUUUUGGUAUAGUAGUCCAAUCAAAGUCUUCAACAGCGUUUUAUGGGUGUUAAUUACUUAGCAGUUUUUGGUUGCAUCUUGUGGUUGCUAGAAAUAGGAAUCAGUACAUGUUUCUUUCUGUGUAGGACUUAUUAGCUGAAUCUAUCAGUAUCAAUAUGUGUUUUUCAUUAAAACUCUCUUAAUUCAUUUGCUGAAUGGUUAAAACUCUUGUAACCUAGUUGUUUGAAACUUAGUCUUCAGUAGGAAGGAUGGUAGGUCAGUUCCAAUAUUUUUUCGUAUAAAUCUUUUCAUUAUAUAUCCUUGAACCACGUUCUUAAAUUAGUCUCUCUCACUAUCAUUAUAACUACAAUUACUCAAACUUGUUCGUUUCAUCUCGUCACGGAGGGUCCACCUAGCAAAGUUGAGAAACCCUGAUUCCAAACCAAUGGUGCAUAUAGGCUCCAGCAUCCGAAAGGAACAAAUGGUGCAUGAACCAAUAGUUGGUUACCGGCUACCGUGGGACUAUAUCUCCUGACGCUGCUCCACUGCCUUGUGGAUCGGACCUUUAGGUCGAAGGCUCCAGGUGUGGUCCCCUGAGAAAACCACCUGUUUCGGCCUGGGCACCCGGACAGUAUCACAGCCCACACACGAAUCAAGUGACUUAUGUGACGCAUAUCUAUUUGGUGCCUCCUUGUACAAAUGUUUAUGUGUUUAAAUAAUAAUAAUUGUCUGCAUCCAAUGGUUUACAUUACUAACUUCAACCAAUUCCCGAUAUUGCGUUACUAUUCUUCAAUGACAUUAAUGGGUAACUAGUUCACAUCAGACAUAAAACUGAAUAACCCGCGUACAAACAUUUAACCAAAUGAAAUAUACGACUAACCAAGUCCUAUAUUUCCAAUUGAUUGACUCAAUUUUAUCACUAACUAGUAAAUGAUGUACAUAUAUAUAUAUUUCAUUAUUGACCAAAACUUACUGUACUUUAGCUAACUAAACUAGCCAAUUGUUUAACACUGAAUGAAGAUCAUAAUUUAAAUAUCACGAUUCAAUGUUUUCAAUUAUUGAACGCCAACUUCCAAUUUUAAAAAAAUUUACAUAACAUUGUUUUAUUUAUUUGUUUGUUUGCUUUAACCAAAUAAAAAAUUACACUUUUGAGUAAUUAUUCAUGUUGCAUCAUCUAAGUAGUUUUAUUUUAUUUAAUCAGUACCUACUUUGCAUAUUCAUCUUUCUCUGUAUCACUGGAGUGUAUAUGUGGUAAUUUAAUUAACAGUUCCGAUACAAUAAUGUAUUUAAUUUAGGUAAUUAAACAUAGAUAAAAUAAGGUAGGUACAACAAUAAUUUUUCAGUUUAUUAACCAAAUAUGAGUGUUUUUAGUACCCAGUUGAUCAAACCGAAGUAGGCUAAAUGGAGUUUCAACUUGUGACCUGCUGAUUGAAAACUAAAUUACUUAACCACUAACCACAUCACUAUACUAACUAGUGUGUUUAUGUGAUCAGCUAUAUAAAUGCCCUAUUCUUACACAGGUUUUUAAAUGUCUAUGUAAACAUUAUUCAUUAUUUCACUGAAAAUAUAACACAGUAGUUGAGGAAUACAAAAACUAAAUCGUUGGUGAAAUCAUUUCAUUUAUGAUGCAAUGUAAAAACUUAGAUGUAUAUGUGUGCCGGAUUCUACAUUCCUUAUAACCGACUAACUGAUACUUGUGUCAGGAAUCUCAAUGGUAACAUAUAGUUAUUAUCGUUCAUAUAAUGUUCUGUUAAUUUUAUUAUUUGCCGAUAAGUUCCCUAAGCAUAUAUGUAUGUGUAAGAGUAGGUUGGAAGAAAGCUAGAGGCGGCCAGACCAAAACAUGGCACAAAUCCAUGAAGUCACUGACAAGUGGACUGAGCCAUGUUGGUAGGUGUAGAUAACCUGGUUGGGAUCCGUGAGACAAUGGCAACCGAUGGUUAGAGACCUUCAAUGACAUGGCUUAAAAUUGUUUGCAAUGGCGAGGGUGCAUCCAUUCUUUGUGUUCUCUCAGAUUCUAAUCUUCUGAAUUCUUCAUGUUCCCUAUUUUUUCUCUUUCCAAAUUUAUUUUACUGGAUUAUACUCAUUGAAUAACAUUUCCAAACCCUAAUGUUUCCGAUUACUACUUAUAAUUUUACUACCUCUACCCGUACGGUAUUUGAAUGGACAAUUGUAUCUGUGUGUUAAUAUGGCAUGGCAACUCGAACUGAUGUAUGUACGUACGAAGUUCUACGCUGUUACUGACUAACUAUAUAGAUGCUUGUUUCUAAAUUUCACUUUGUAAUCUAGAAAAUUUGGCCGAUUACUUGGAUUCAUUCAUUUAAACAUUGUCAAAUAUUUGUAUAGUAACUUUGUUGCAGUUUUUUCAACUAUUCGUCCAAGGGACGUGAUACAGAAUACUUAAGCUGUUCGAAUUUGAACUCCUACGGUUAACAUUGGCCUGAGUAGUCGGAUGUUAUCAGUACUAAGCUGUACAUUAAAACUAAGACUCCAUUUGGAUAAAUAUAUGUUCACUAAUUUAUUUGUAUUGAUGUACAAAAACAUUUGUUUCGGGUAAUCAAAGAUUUCAAUGAUGUGUUCAGUUUGAGAAAUGUAUCACAAAUCAUAAUAUUUGUUGAUUUUUAAUUUGCAACAAAACGUGGAAGUUCUAGGUUACACUUCAAUAUUUGUUAAGAGUACAUAGGGUGCUUAGUUGCCUUCUAUUUUAACAGGUACACAUAUCAGCUAAACGUAUAUUUGCCCUCGAAUCUUACUGAAGGAUACACAAUUUAUUUGCAUUUAACCGUUUUUGCUCAUCAAAAUUAGAAAUGAAAGUUUUUCGGAUAGAAAGUGUUGCCAGUGUCAUAACUUAACGUGCAAUAUGCAUAGUGUAAUUAGCAACAACUGGAAAUGAAAUAUAUAUGUACCAGGUUCCACAGUGUUCAUGACCGACUAGUUGAAUAGUAGGACCGUUACUCAUUAACGAACUACAAAUUUCUAUACUCAACUUUGAGUCUCAUUUUCAUAUUUGUGGACCGUUGAUACUAGUCAGCUACCCAAAAUAACUUAGGUAGGGCAGAGAUCGUACCUACGACAUAGAGGUUAGAAUUUGAACAGUAGCACCACUACAUUUGCUGCCUAAACAACCUAACUGACCAUUUCUACACAACAGCUUUUGUAAAUCACAAUGCACAUCUAAUGAUGCCAAGGGCUGGAAUAGAGCAAAGGAAAAAUAAAGCUGUGAACUACUAAAUAAUUUGUUAUCCAUGGGGUUAGCCUUCUUUUAGAAUAAAAUUCUUGGCUAUUAUCAGUACCAUGUACUGAAAGUUAUUGUGGUAUACCUAUGACGUGUUCGUUAGUAUACGAUCGUAUUUACUACUGAGUUGCUUAUUUUAAGAUUUAAUUAUCUUUCUUCUCGUUUGUAUAAGUUCUAAACUCAAAACUUCUUAUAUUCUAUAAUGUAUACGAAAAUGUUUACCUAAAUUAAAAUAAAUUUAAGAUCCUCAAUCAUAGUUCAGACAAUUCGAAGUUGACAGUCAAUUGAUAAGCUCUUUUGGUCUUUUGCCUUAAAUAUCAUAAGGUCUAUUAUUUCUUCUUAUGAAAAGGCGGAUUAUAAAUUAUCUUGCCCAGGUAUUUUGACUCAGCCUCACAACCUCUCUCGUUUCUUUUUUUAAUAUAGGGUCGUCGUAUGAAUUUAACUAGACGUGCAUAUGACAUGUGUGGUAUAUGUGUUGUUAGUAAACGACUUGGAACAUGUCUGGUAUUUUCAUAUUUAUGUGUUAAACUCAUAACAAUUAUCAAUGCAAUUAUGCAAGUAUAUUUGAUUCAACGUUUUCUUGGUUUUUAUGCUGAUGGAAGCGCGGGACAGAAAAGUAUGCAAUUAGGGAAACCAUACGAAGCUAGCUCGGCAGUUGCAGCGAUGUCGAAUCAAGAAAAUGAAGAUUUAGACGGUUUCGGAUUCGGAUUAACUGUUGCCAACCAUAUACGUGCUGGACGUGAUUGGCCAGAGACAAUUCUAUUCCCACGUGUAGCUUAUUGUCGUGUCCCAGGUAUUCGUUUAGUCGGUGCUGAAAAUGCUUAUACGGCACAAUGUGCACUACCGAUAAAUAUGUUAAACGAGAAAAUUUAUAUAUUUUUCUGGUUUUGGAUCUGUUUCCUUAUAGCUGCCAGUAUAUUUAGUUUAAUAUUAUGGUUAGUAAGAAUGAUUAUCGCACCAAGACGUAAAGAUUUUAUCAAACGUUUCUUACGUAUUAAAGGAAUACGUUCAAGAACUGGUCAGGAGAUUACGCGCGCUGAUUUAGACGAAUUCAUUGAUGAUUACCUUCGCCGAGAUGGUGUAUUUUUAGUACGUAUGUUGGCCAUCAAUGCUGGUGAUGUGAUCACAUCUGAAAUUGUUAUGGCUUUAUAUGAACAUUACAUAGAUAAUGUUUAUUCAGUGGAUAAUACCCCACAGAAAAGUUUAGAGAAAGAACCAUUGAAAGAUGGAUCAGGUAUACCAUCAAAUUAUGUGUAAAGUUAUUCUUGUGUUCUCUCGUAUAUAUGUGUAUUUUUUAAUCCAUAACUAUUGCUCAUGAGUAUAUAGUUGCAUUAUAGCAGUAUUACAAACAAUAGUAAUAGUAUCUUACUAGGUAAAAGCUUAGCAUGGAGGUGUACAACACAAAACUGGUUUUUCCAGAUAUAACAAAUCUAUUUUUAAUUCUUGUUAUGGUUGUCGUUCGCACAGUUUAGAAUUUCUUACCACUUUUGUAAUGGUUUAAUUUUUAUAUCAACGAAACAGUAUCACUUUUACGCCUACUAAUACUGAUUUCAAAUGCCUUACUUUUAUAAUGGUUUUUUUAGCUUUUAUUAUUAUUACUAUUACUAUUAGUAAUACUUUUAUCAACAAGUUUUUGAACAGUAUGUACGUGAAGAUCUGGAUUUGAUUGACCUGUUUUGAAACUGUGUCUAUUCCUUCUUUUUAUAACUAACUUUUAUACUACUAUUACCAUAUAGUACUGUUUUUAUUGUUUUUAUUAUGCUUACGAUUAAUUACUACCAUUAUUAUUAUUCGUAUCUACCUUCCUUUAAAAACAACAAUUUAAUUGUACUGAAAUGAUUGCGAUUCUGAAAAUUUUUUCUACACUUUUGUGGCAAUUAAUAAAAAUAAAGGAAUCUGUUGGGGCUUA